AAAAGGGGGGGCUCACUUCUUGAGUUCUGGGCUGGCUUUUUCCUCUCCCAGAAGCGCUUCCCUGCUUGAUCUGUGUUUCUGCUCUUUCUCCUUCAUUCUGCAGCCUCCUUUGCCCUGUGACCUGCAGGUACUGGAAGGUCCCUAGAGAGGAUACCGGGACGCUCCUGAAGCCGCGAGAUGAUUUCAAGCAGAUGCAGCCUGACCAUUAGGGUCAAGGUCAAAUUGCAAAAAAAGAAGUUUGCCUUUAUUCUACUCCAUCCACAUCUAAACUUUGGAGGUCAAGGCUACGGACAGAUCAGAAGAUGUAGUUCCCUCCUCCUGGGGCUCCACAUCCUUCAUUCACUGAUCUCUGGGAAGGAGAAUGGUCAGCAGAGCCACCAUCACUCAUGUUCUUGAAUGGGAACUGCCUGGAAAGCCUGAAGAAGGAGGAGCCUGAAGGAGGAAGAAGGAGGCUGAGCCAUCCCGGGAACAUGGGCUGGAUGAGGCCAAGCCAGGAGAUGACACCACUGAAUAGAAGUCACUAUUCAGGAUUUGGGCUUUUCUGUGGAGAUCCUGGCCCCGAGAUCGAACCCUUCUCCCUGCAGGAUGCAGGGCCUUGGGAGCACCUGCCCGUCUCCUGUUCCUGACAGAGCCCUGCACAGUGCACGAGGCCCGAGGUGACGAGUGCCACAUCUGAGACUGCUCAGGAGCCUGGACCCAGGUGAUGCAGCUCCUUGUCCUUCCUGAGCGUCUUCACUGACAGUGGCCUGGGAGGCAGCAGGAGCAGAAAGGCUUGGAGAUGGACCCCACCGACUGCACACCACCCAAGCAUAUCCUACUCGGAAACCUGGAACAGCCACUGUAGCCCCAGAACGGUAACUAAAAGCUGGCCCCUGCCCCCUGGGAACUGCAAGAGACUCCAGGUCUCCCUCUAGGGAGCUGUGAGCCAGCUCUGGUGAGAGUGGCCCUGGAAGCGGCGCCCAUGUGCUUCUGACUCGCCUUUCAGGGCAGCAUCUCAGGUCCAGGAAAACCUGGAGCAGGUGUGCAGCUGGAUGGCCCCUGUGACGGAGUACACUGUGGACUGCAUGUGUGGAGAGGCGCCUGCACCUCGGGGCUGGGCUGUGAGGAGCACAUUCCUGCACAGGGGCCUGUGACCUGUCCCGGUCCUCACUGGGAACCGCCUUCCUUCCUGGGUGCCAGCCUCAGUACUGGAACGAGGAGCUGCAGAUGAUGAGGGACCUGCCCAACAAGAACCAACCUGAGCAGCUGCUUCAAGAAAAAGCCAUGUUCAAGGUUCCGAAGCCCCUGGUGGGUGAGUGAGAGCCUCACAGCCUCAGGCCCACCUGUCUCCUGCUGGAAUGUUUCUUGUGUACAGUAGGGACGUGAGGGAAACUGGCCUCCCCCAUGUUGGUGAACUGGGCCAGGUGGAUGUAGCCUGAGGCUUUUGGGCGUGGCCUAUCGCCCUCCCAGCCUUGGUCCCUCCCAGGUACACAGCAACUUCAGAGUGGCAGCCACAUGGGGCGUCAUUCAGGGAGGCAUCGUCAUGGUCAUCAGCCCCAGUGAGACCAAGCUGCAGAUGUUCACGUGGAGCGGUGUCAUCUUCAGCCUGGGCUUUGUUGUUAGUGGCCACUACAAGGACUUUGCGGGGGACGUGGCAGCCUCCAUAGCAUUCACCAAUGACCUGAACGGUUAGCACUCGCACAAUGCAGUGGACAUGGAGGGUCUGUACACACUGGACACGGCAGAGGUGGAUGACCGCGGCUACUGGGUCAGGUUCCAGUCCUCAUCCCUGGCAUUCUGGAGUGGGACCAGGAGCAGAGUGUCAUCUGUGGCUCCACUGACUUUGCAAGACAAUGGUGUGGCCCCCGUGUUGCCUGGAUCUGCUGGAGCACGAGUUGACUGCUGAAGACCCUGCGCCACUGCACGUUCAACCACUGUGACGAGGAGGCGGAGCUCUUCUCGGUUGAGGGCAAGGGCGUCACUGGCAACGAAAGGUGCCGCUAUGUUCUCUACCUGCUGAGCCCACUGCGCCGACCUCAGCUUCCUACCUGUGCCCCACAAGGAGCUGCCAGAGGAGUGCUCCCAUGCCAGCUUCCCCUGCACCCAUAGGCAUAGGUUCUGUCGCCUGUGCCAGGAGCUGGUGGACGCCUUCGUGGAGCACAGUUGAGGAGCAGCGCUUUGAGGCUGGGGCUGCAGCCAGCUGCACCCUGCUGCGGGCAUGGGCAGCCCGGGUUGUUCUGGGGCUGGAUGGUUGAAGAGAGACGCUCUGGACAGUGAAGAAGAGCUCGUUCUGGCCACACUCACUAGAGCCCCUUUCCCAUCCCCCACCCACCUGCCAUCAGGCUCCCAGAUGCAGAAUCUGGAGCUUUGUGUUGGUUGUAAGUUAGUGAGCAGUGAAACCAGUGACCCAACUGAGCUGUGCCAUUCUCCUAAGGAGGGUUUGGAAGUUGCUGGGUGGGUUGUGAAGGUUGCAGUCCCUGAGUGUUAGUGCUGCUGGUUUUUAGUGCUUAGGAGUUGGCCAUGUUAAAUUUCCCACACCACAAGUAACUCUUUUCCAGAAGCCAGUGGCAUUCCUGUCUCUGUUGAGAGUCCUGCUCCGAAUGUGGACCCCUUCUCCUCCACCUCCAUACUCUGGCUGUCUUCUUCCUGUUUGGGGAGAUCUGGCAGCCACCACCUUGUUGCUUGGGUUUGUGAGAGCAAAGCUGAGUUCUGGUUGGGCUUGCAGCAGAAGAAGGAAUCUGAUGCCAUCUAUAAGGCCCAGGUGGGCUGUGGCAGGGCCGGCGGGUUGAGAUGCGCCUUUAGGUUGUGGGCGGCUGAUCGUUUCCUGCCUCUGCUCUCUCCCCUGUUUUUGGGUGAGAACCACGAGAAGCAAAGCUCCGAGAACCUCAAGUGCCCAGCCCAGCAGGCUGUGGCCCAGCAGCGCACUGUGAAUGGGAGAUACCGGUGGGCUGCAGCGCCAGCAUCCUGCCCCUCCAGGUAUAUCCCUGGGUGGAGCUGGGCCCCCACCCGGCCUGGGUAGGAUGAACCUCACUCACAGCUCAUCCCCCCCAUGGCCCCUCAGUUCACAGCCCCCAGCAUGGCCAGCGUCUUGGAGCAGCUCCAGGUCAUCAGUGAUGUCCUCUUCAUUCUUCUCAGUUGAGGCCCUUCCUGCCUCCCUACUUAUAAGUUGGCCUUUAGUUUUUUAAGAUAUGUAAUAGGUUGACAUUGCUCAAAAUUGGAAAGUAUAGCCAGUGAUGAGAAGUUCUUUGUGAAUCCUUCCAGAAAUACUCCAUGUGAUCUUUUUCCCCUUCUUUUUUUUCUUUGGAAUUGUGGCAUGCCAUGGAUGAAGGUUAUUAUUGUUUACUUCAUUUAACAAUGUAUCUUGGUGAUCUCGCAUUUCAGUUCCUAAGGAGUGGCUUUACUCCUUCCCCGGCUGCCUCUGCACACAGUGCAAAGUGUGCCUUAGGAGCAGGCCCUAAGGAGUCCUGCGGUGCUGCCUUCGGGAGCCCUUAACCUCCUGCCUUUUCUCCCCUCAGUGUGGGAAAGGGGUUUGGUCAGCCAGGGGUGUCAGCAACCCUGUCCCAUGCCCAUUGUCUACACCUAAUCUGGUGGCAGGGAGGCCACAGAGUACAGCGACUGGAACCAGGUGUGAGGGUGAGAGGCAGCCAGGCCCCAGGCCGAAUCAAGUGCAUGGAAUCCUGACUGUCAGCAAUUAGGGAUCUUUUUGCUUUUGGGAGGGAAGUACUUGUUCCACGUGUCUCACUGAAUAUGUCACGGAGCCUGAUCUGUCCCAAGUGGGAGUUUAACCAGCCUAGAGGGGGUCUGGGGCCCUGGCCCAGUCUGACACCUACCUCCUCUCCCACCUUCUACUCCCCCAGAAGACUAGGAGAAUCUGAAAGCAGAGGUGGUGCAGUGCCACUAGCUGUAGGAGCCCAGAAAAACAGGGAUAGGGCAUUCUGGGAGGUCAAGUAGGUGGAUCACUUGAGCUCAAGAGUUGGAGACCAGCCUAGGAAACAUGACGAAACCCCAUUUACAAAAAGCAAAAAUUAGCCUGGUGUGGUGGCGCGACCUGUAGUCCCAGCUACUCAGUAGGCUGAGGUGGGGGGAUCGUUUGAGCCUGAGAGGUCCAGGCUGCAGUGAGCCAUGAUUGUGCCACUGCACUCCAGCCUGGGUGAUAGGGUGAGACCCUGCCUCAAAAAAACAAAAACAAAAAAACAGAGCUAGGGCUGGGGACCCUAUGGCCACUGAGUCUGAGCCAGCGGGGCCAGAGGAACUGAGCUCCCAGCCCUGUGGCUGCCAAGGAUCCUUUUUCCUCGAGCUUGCAGGGAUCAAGAGAGAGAGAGAGAUAGUCAGCGACCCCGGUUAGAGAUGCAGACUCCAGGAGAAGGGGGCAUGCUUGCAGAUUAGAGGAAGUGAGCCCCUCUUCCAUGUUCCACCCCUACCAUCCUCCUGGGACCCCAGCCUACAUGCCCCCCUAAAAGAUUCUUUUGCACUGAUUCAGUGAAUAUAUGAUGCAAAGGCCUAAUUGAAGACCUGUGAAUGGCAUGUACAGUCCUCAGUUCCCAGCUGUGGGGCCCCUCAGGCUCCCCAUAUUCCCCUCAGCCUCCCCAUCUUACAUCAGGGAUGUGGAGUGUGUCCAUGGCCACGAGUAUUGAUCUCUCCCUCCAAGCCUGUACAUCGCCCUGAGGCAGUUCUGAGUGGAUGACAUGCAGAUGAGAUUCCUCAGCUCAUUUGCAUGGUUGAUGUUAUGGCUGCUGCUUUUACUGCCACAACUCCCAGGCCCAACCUGCCUUAAUGUCUAAGUUUUAAGCCAAAAAAGAUGGGGAGCCAGAGCUUUGUGGCAGGGCUGGGGAUUGGGGUGCACUUUAGUUUUGUGGCAGGAUGAAGGCUGCAGUGUUUUAUUAGUCAUGAUUGGCCUGGCCAUAGCUCCAGGCUGAGAGGGAUAGGUUUGUCAGUAGUGGUCCCCCAGAUGUCCCUGUGCCCAGCCCUGACCUGUCUGCCCUCAGGCCCAGCAGGAGGUGCUGCCACAGGCUCUGACUGGCCUCCGUACUCCCUGUACCCCAGAUGGACAUAAUCUUGGGGUAUACAGUCAGAAUAUGUCAUUCUCCCCAUUUUAACCCGAGCUGCCUGACACAGGAAGGGUGGGGUUGGUAAGGAGCGUGGGGAACCAGGGUUGAAUCAUGGAUCCUGGGGAAAGGUUACAGACACAGGAGGGGUUGUCACCUCUCUGUGGAGCCCCACUGCUUACCACACAGCACCUUCUGCAGCGACUAGCUCUGAGGGUGGCAGGGGACCCCACGGGCCAUGGCUGCUGCCUCUCUGCACCUGUCUGUGCCUGCUGUGGGAGCCUGGACUGGGGGAGGACAUUGCUGCCCUGUGAUCCUGAGGGAGCCUGUCUGGCUGUGACCUCUACGUGGGGCUUUGCAGAGAGCUGCUUAUGGAUAUGGUGUCACCAGACACCUUGUUUCAGAGGGAGUGGGCAUGAGCUGGCAAGUGAAGCACCCCCACGGCUUCUCAGGAACUUUUUCUCAUUUUUAAACCAUCAUGUCUUCAUUUCACAUUGGAAUAAAGUGAGGUUUUGAAACCUGCUUCCCCAGCCUCUGGAUUGUGAGGGCUAUUGUCCUGCAGGUUACCAGGAGAGGCAUAUGUAUAAAUUAGGUCAAAUUCAAGGUUAUGCUUGUAAUGUCACCUGAGUGGAAGGUAAGAGGGUGGAGUCACAGGCAUUCAGCUGGGAUUUGCCUGGCCCACUCACUAGACUCAUGGGAUUGUGGCACAGGUGAACAUCUGCUGUCAUUGGAGGAAAAAGACUGGAGUAAAGGCCAGGUGGGGGAUGGGUGCUAGGCUGUGGGGUCAGGCCCUGGGCAUGCUGGACCUGUUAGGUCACUGAGCAUCUGGGCACCUGCUCCUGUCCCUUCAGUUGAAGUGAGGUUGGCAGCACUCCCCAGAAGGUGUGCAGUGCUGGGAGAGUGGAGGAGGGUCUGACAUUUGCCAUCCUGUGGUAGGUUUUAGAGCUCACUAGAUGCUUGUGGAGAGCUAAUGACAUGGGAAGAAGGCAGCCCACCUUGAUGGACCGUAGGGAUAGAGCCUGCGAUGUGAGAAGCUGGUGUGUGGAGGUGGCCUGUCUACAAGAGGGAAGCUUAAGGCUCAUUGCAGUGGCACUAUCUCAGCUCACUGCAGCUGGUGGCUGAUGCCAGGCCAUCCCUAUCCAGAGCAGGGAGGCCCUCGGCCUCAUGUAUAAUUGAAUGCCUUUUGGGACGCUUGAAUCGUCCUUUAUUCCUUGCAAAUUCAGAGAAGCAAAAAAAAACUUACAAUCCUCAUGUCCAUUAGUUUCCCUGACCCCGAGAUUUUAAGUGACACCCAAGGGAAGCUUCCAUUACGUUGGCCAUUGAAGCCUCCUGCAUGCUCCCCAAAACCCCCAGCAGUUCCCUCUGCAGUCCCACAGUUAUGUCCUGAGCAGUGGGGUACCGUGUGAUGAGAGGUGCUAAGGGAUGGGAUGAAAGUCUUUCCUGUGUUAUUAGAACGGUUAAAAAGUUGUUUUAAAGGUGUCCAAAUGCCCUCCUUUUAAACCUAAUUACAUAAUAAGAUGCCUUAUACAAGCAAAACCAGGUACGGGAAAGCAAGUGCAUUUCAAGUCCCAGCUUACCCCUUAAAUUAGCUGUGAUACUCUCAGCAGGCGGCCCUACCUCAAUGAGCCUGUCUCCCAUUUAAAAACAGAACUAAUGAGGGGGCGAGGCCUGGAGCUUUACCCAAUCAGUGGCGUUGGAGUGGAACUCGUCCAAUCGGAAGCAGCCGGAGAGCAGGGGCUGCUUCUGGGAUUUGGCGGGGGCCUUUGUUGACUGCAGUGAGAGCUGGGUGUCUUCACCAGGGUUCCGAGUCCUUCCACCUGGGAGGCCCAGACGGCUUCGCGUUGUGAGAAUAGACGGAACCUCUGUUGCUCUGUGACCUGCAGGCACUGGGAGAUCCGUAGCUAAGACGCCAGGACCCCCGGAAGCUGGGAAAUGGUGAAUGUGCCAGGGACUGUUGACAUUCAGGGAUGUGGCCAUAGAAUUCUCUCAGGAGGAGUGGGAACACCUGGACUCAGAUCAGAAGCUUUUAUAUGGGGAUGUGAUGUUAGAGAACUACAGAAACCUGGUCUCUCUGGGUCUCGCUGUCUCUAAGCCGGACCUGAUCACCUUUUUGGAGCAAAGGAAAGAGCCUUGGAAUGUGAAGAGUGAGGAGACAGUAGCCAUCCAGCCAGAUAUCUUUUCUCAUGAUACUCAAGGCCUCUUAAGAAAGAAGCUUGUAGAAGAAUCAUUCCAAAAAGUGAUAUUGGAUGGAUAUGGGAGCUAUGGCCCUCAGAAUUUAAACUUAAGGAAAGAGUGGGAAAGUGAGGAGAAAAAUCAGUACAAUAAAUCUGAUACAACAUUAAGCCAAGGCAUAAGCCCCAGAAGACAUCAGAAAACUCAUUUUCUACAGAACCAUUACAAAUGUAAAAAAUGUGAGAAAGCCUUUCAUGAAUGUACCAACCAUGUCCUAUCAGAGUAUCUUUAUUCAAGAAAAGUCUGCCAAAUGUAAUAAGUGUGUGGAAACUUUUAUCCAGUCAUCAAAACAUACUCAGCCUCAGAGAAUCCAUAUUGGAGAAAAGUCACACAGAUGUAAUAAUGGUGAGAAAAUCCUUAGUAAAUUGUCAAGUCUAAGAAUACAUGAGAUAAUCCAUAAUGAAGAGAAACCUUACAAAUGUAAAGAAUGUGACAAAGCCUUUAACCACCGUUCACACCUUACUCAGCAUCAAAUAAUUCAUACUGGAGAGAAACCAUACAAAUGUAAAGAAUGUGGCAAAGCCUUCAAUUCUAGUUCAUAUUUUACUCGACAUCAGAGAAUUCACACUGGAGAAAAACUUUACAAAUGUAAAGCAUGUAGCAAAUGUUUUACUCAUUCUUCAAAUCUUCUUGUGCAUCGGAGAAUUCAUACUGGAGAGAAACCUUACAAAUGUAAAGAAUGUGGUAAAUCAUUUAAAGUGUCUUCAGCCCUUACUCAGCACGAGAGAAUCCAUACUGGAGAGAAACCCUACAAAUGUAAGGAAUGCAGCAAAGCCUUUAACUGUAGGUCAUACCUAACUAAACAUCAGAGAAUUCAUACCGGAGAAAAACUUUACAAAUGUAAAUCAUGUAGUAAAUCUUUCUCUCGUUCCUCAAGUCUUACUGUCCACCAGAGAAUUCAUACUGGAGAAAAACCCUAUAAAUGCAAACAAUGUGGCAAAGCCUUUAAUUGUAGUUCACGCCUAACUCAACAUCAAAGAAUUCAUACUGGAGAGAAACCCUACAUAUGUAAAGAAUGUGGCAAAGCCUUUAACUGUAGUUCAUCCCUUACUAAACAUCAGAGAAUUCACACUGGAGUGAAACUUUACAAAUGUAAAGCAUGUAGCAAAUCUUUCUCUCAUUCCUCAUGUCUUUCUGUGCAUCAGAUAACUCAUUCUGGAAUGAAACCAUAUAUAUGUAAGGAUUGUGGUAUCUCCUUUAACCGGUCUUCAAAUCUUAGACGACAUCAGAUGAUUCAUACUGGAGAGAAACCCUACAAAUGUAAAGAAUGUGGCAAAUUGUUUAAUCGAUGCUCAACCCUUACUCGACAUAAGAGAAUUCAUACUAGAGAAUUUCUAUAGUUGUAGUAAAUGUGAAAAGAGUUUUAUCCAAAAUUUAGAACUUAAAAAUCACCAUAGAGUUUAUAGGGAAACAACUUACAGAUUGAAUAAAUGGGAGGAAGUAUUUAAUCAGAACUCAAAUCUGAAUGUGUCAGGACUUACACAAAAAAGGACCAAAGCACACAUCCCCAGACUUUAAAAUUAAAUAAGAGUAUUUGUUAUGGAGGAUUACUCUAAAGCCAAAGCAGUUAUUUAUUUUGUUAUGUGUUUCAAAUGAGCAAAAACAUUGAUAUUUGGACAAGUAAUUAUUCAGUGAGCACAUUAUUUGUAUUGAAAACAUUUGAAAUUUGUAUAAAGCAAAUUAUAAUUCAAUUCUCAAGUUAGUUUUUAUACCUUAAUGCUUAGUGUUUACAUAAAAACAUAUAGUCUAUUUUUUCUACAUCAGAGCUAUGAGAGGUUGUUCUAUAGUAGAUGAAUAUCAUUAAUACCAAUUUAUUUUCAUGGAAGUUUAAUGGCAAAUGUAAAAUACAUGAAGAAAAUCUUAAAGAGGCUCUUUGUGUUUGAAUCAUAAAACAGUAAUGUGUGUAAGCAUAUAGUACAUAUUUAGGGCAUUAUUAUUCUAUACUAAAGUAAAAGAGGAAUAUUCUGAAUUUAUUUAUUACAUCAAUUGUUCCUUAAGUAGAAAAACACUGGUCUGUUAUUUAAAAUACUGGCAAACCUUUAUAGUACAAUGAAGUAGUAAUCUUGAAUAUUAUUUGAUGUGUUAAAAAUAAAAACAUCUUCACAGAUAUCAGAGGAAAGUGAAAACUCAUAUCUGAAAGAUUGUAAAUAUGCUUUAUAUCAAUUUUCCAGAGGACUUAAACUUCUAACAAUAUUGAUAAUAUUCUCAUGGUUACUAUUUUGUAUUCUUUCCUGCUUUUUGUAUCUACUGGUGUACUAUGACAGUUAUAAUAAAGAUUAUAUGGGGAUAUACUUAAAAGUCAUACUUUUAAAAUCCUGAAUCAUUGUUUAUAAAAUUUUAUUCAAUAUUUUUCUUUGCACAUACCCUUUUUCAGUCCAAUUGAACACUUAGAGAUUUUUCUUUGCUUUCACUUGCAUUGAAUGGAAUAUACAGAUGUAUUAAGAUCGAAAGAAAAAGGUGUAAGAGAACUAUACAGGCAGAAAUGCAUGUGUGUGUACCUGUCUUCAAAUGGAAAAGAAAAUGAUGGAUCACAACAGGAAAUUUGAGAACUAUUGAUUUAUUACCAAACUAGAAACCUCACAAAUUCUCAAAGCUAAAUUAGUUUCUCAUUGCACACUGAAUUUUUCUCUUAUAAAUCUAAUGUCUUCUGGGUUCAGACUGUAUCCCAUACAAAUCCUUUUUUCUUGCCUAUGAUUCAUGUAAGAAGAAUUAUAUGAUUUUCUUAUUUCAAAGCUUGUAAAAUAUUGCUUAUAAGUUC